AUGGGUAAACGUAGGCGGUCACGUAGUCAAUCGAUUACGAGUGGUGAUAGUGAUUAUAAACGUCGUCGUCGUGGUUCGACACGCAGAUCGGAAUUGCGCGAGUCAUUGCACGUAAUAAUGACGCGAUUAGGUGCGUUAGAGAAUAGGUCUACUAUAACGACGGAGUACAAUGCAGAAACGCCUGUCCAGUCUACGCCUGGAUCUACUGAAAAAAUCGUAGAAGCAAUUCAAUCCUUAAAGUGGGGUAGUUCACGUGAUUAUUAUGUUUCGAAUUUCGACCCUAAUGUGCACGAUGUCGAUUGUUGGUUCGCGGAGGUAGAUAGGGCACAGGUUCUUAAUAAGUGGAGCGAUUCCGAGUGUUUAUCGCGUAUUGGAUUUUGCCUAAAGGGUGAUGCCAAAUCAUGGUUGGACGAUUGGGUCACGUCUGAUAGAACAUGGAGUAAUUUUAAAAACGAUUUUAAGUCCCUUUGUGUCCAAAAGAUUGAUGUGGCAAAUAUUUUAUAUGAGGUGAUGAGCACGAAUUCCGAUGGUUAUGCUACGUACGCCGAAUAUGCGCGUCGUUCUUUAUUGCGUUUAAGGGUAGUUCAAGGUUUGAGUGACGAACUUAUUAGUGCUAUAGUUAUACGUGGUAUUACUGAUCCUCAUAUUAAAGCCUCUGCUACAAAUCAUAAUUUGAAGCCUUCUGAGUUAGUUAAUUACUUAGCUACUUUCAUUAAGCCCGUCCCGAGUAAAUCAGAAAAGCGUUGGACUUCCGAUAAGGAUAGAUGUUACGACAAGUCUCUUACUUUGAAACGGCAUGUUCCGAGUGUUCCGCUUAAAUGUUUUUCGUGUGGUCGAACGGGUCACAAACAAAUAAAUUGUCGUUCAAAACAAAAACAAUCGGCAAGCGCGAAGCAAAAUCAUACUAGCGCGUCCGUAAUACCCUCCACCAGUGCGAAGGCAACUAAUAGCGAUGUUAACCUGGAAUCGAAAACUAUUUGUGCGUAUUGUAAAAAAAUAGGACAUCAUAAUAAGGAUUGCUUUGCUAAACAGCGUUCAGAUCAAAGGAAGGCGGACGUAAAUUUUUGCUUUCCGCCUAAAAGUCGUAAUUCUAAAGACGUAAUGGUCGGCGUAGUCCAGGGGAUACCCAUUGACGUUCUAAUUGAUAGUGGCGCUUUAGACGUUUCUCUUAUCUCUCAAGCAGUAGUUAACUACUUGUCGUGUUCUUCAAAUCCUACUUAUCGUGAAUUAAAAGGUGUUGGUCACUCUAUCACUCGUGUAUUCUUUUACGUAACUCUCACUAUUGAAUUUGAAGAAAUUAGUCUUGAAGUGGAUCUUUUAGUAGUGCCUAGUGAUAGUAUGAACGCACCAAUCAUAAUCGGUACAGAUGUUUUGAAUCGCGAAGGAGUGGUAUAUGUCCGCUCAGGGGGAUGCCAACGAUUAACUUAUAGUCCGGUCUCUGCGAAAGUUUCGGCGGUAGACACGGAUGAGCAUGCUAUUAGGACGUCGAUAGUCGGUACUGAUUACGAAAAAUUAGUUGAAAUUUUGAAUGAGUUUACCAAGUUUAUGAUUACUGGAACUGCUACAUCGACUGUGACUACUGGUAGCAUGCACAUUCGUUUAAACAGUGAUGCACCCAUAUACUAUAGGCCGUAUAGAUUGUCGUUCAAUGAAAAGCUAAAAGUUCGAGAAAUCAUUGCGGAUCUUUUAUCUAAAGGCAUAAUACGUGAGUCGGAGUCAGCAUACGCGAGUCCUAUACUCUUAAUAAAGAAGAAAGACGGUACUGACCGCAUGUGUGUAGACUUUAGGGCACUGAAUAGAAUCACAAUAAAAGAUAGGUACCCUUUGCCACUAAUUGAGGAUCAUAUUGACCGCUUAGGAAAGGGCAGAUAUUUCACAACCCUAGAUAUGGCUUCUGGUUUUUAUCAGAUCUGCCUGAACGAAGCUUCCAUUCCCCUUACGGGUUUCGUAACACCUGAAGGGCAUUACGAAUAUUUAAAGAUGCCUUUUGGACUGACAAAUGCGCCUGUAGUUUUUCAGCGUAUCAUUAGUGAUACGCUGCGAUCUUUUAUAAAUAAUGGUACCGUAGUAGUGUACAUUGAUGACGUUUUAUUGAUAAGCGAAAGCGUUGAUGCCGGUUUACACAUCUUACGUCAUGUUCUACAGACUUUAACGGAUGCUGGGUUCUCGUUAAAUAUGAAAAAAUGUUCGUUUUUAAACACCGAAGUAGAGUACUUAGGACGCACAAUCACUAACGGUGAGGUUCGUCCAUCUAAAUCUAAAAUAGCGGCAUUAAUAAAUUCUCCGGAACCUAAAAAUGUUCGUCAGGUUAGGCAGUUCUUAGGAUUGGCAGGCUAUUUUAGAAAGUACGUUGAAAAUUAUGCUUUUAAAACCAUGUGUAUUUCGCGAUUAACUAAAAAAGAUGUCGAAUUCAAAUGGGGCGAGGAACAGAAACAAGCUCGUGCUGAUACCAUUAAGUGCUUAACCAGCGAGCCGGUUCUUGCCAUAUUCAAUCCUACUUUGUUGACCGAGGUCCAUACAGACGCUAGUAGCCAGGGUUACGGUGCAGUCCUAUUACAAAUUCAUAGAGACGGUAGUAAAAGUCUGAUUGCCUACUACAGCCAAGUAACGACUGGGCCGUAG